UUUUAAGGGGCGAAUCGAGACCAAACGAACGUCAAUGAAUGAAAACAACUCUCGCUCAUCUCAGGGAAGGAAAAAAAAAGACUUGGAACCAUUGAUACUUUCUUAGGCCGAAAGUAUUUUGAAGGAAGGAGCACCUAGAAGUUUGUUAAUUGAGCAAAUCCGAAAGAGCUCCAACAGAGGCAUAAUGGACACAAAGAAUACCUAGUCCUUACUCCACUGAUCUUACUUUAUUUGAGGCAGGAUAAACCCCUCUCAUUCAAGAUGGAGAUGGCCGAUAAAUUCCGUCGUCCAGGAGAGACGAAGCAGCAGGCGGCUGCCCGCUUCCAGAGAGACCUACAGAGGGAGCUGUUGCCUCAGCAACGAGAAUUGCGACGAGAAACCAACCACAAGGAGUUCACAAACCUUUUGAACCUACUGACCGAUCCCGAGCGACCCCUAGAAGACGUGGAUCAUCUCGAGUGGCUACGUCUUCUCAUCUCCGGUGGGAGGCCGUUCGAGGAGUUUGCCAGCGAUGUCCGGGAGUUUGAUGAUGCAACGGCGUGCGGGUUGGUGUGGACGGCUAACUUUGUGGCGUAUCGUUGCAGGACGUGCGGGAUCACGCCGUGCAUGUCAAUCUGUGCUGAUUGCUUCCAUGGUGGGAAUCACGAGGGCCAUGACUUCAAUAUGUUCAGGAGUCUGGCAGGAGGAGCUUGUGACUGUGGCGAUACCAGCGUUAUGAAGGCAUCUGGAUUCUGCAAUCGCCAUGGAGAUGAUCCUCCUGAGAGGAAGGAGGCCCCGCCCACCCUGCUUUUCAUGGCUCGGGAGAUCAUCCCAGCGCUCCUCGGACGUCUGCUUCUACAUAUGAGACUAAACUAUACAUGCAUACCAACAGAUCGGUAUAUGAGAACGGGAGAUGUCUUUAUCUCGGCCAUGAGGGAAGCAGACGCCUUCCUUGACCUCCUGCAUGACCUUUGCAAAAUGGGCGGGGCCAUGAGACACGUACUCACCAAGGCUCUCAUGGACAAAGACUUCUACGCAAAGAUUCUGGAAGAUAUACGCAGUAAUCCAGGCAGCAAGACCAAUGAGAGCCAAGAUCUCUACAAGCAUGCCCUCAACGCGCUGCCUUCACCAGAUCAACAUGUUGUGAUUGGUGCCACCACAUACCCUGGUAUGACCAAAGAUUUGAACCAUCUUACGCUUCUGGAGGAGCUCAUAUUCUGGACGGUGAUCUAUCGCUUCCCUCAGAAGAUGGUCACGUUCCUACUCAACAUGCUGCCUGAGAACGACUACAAGGAGCUCUUCACCAGGACGUUCGUGCAGCACUAUGGCUGCAUCGCCAUGUUCCUUGCCGAGGAGCGAGCCCCGAACCUGCUGGCCAACCGGGUGGUCCACAUCAGCGUACAGCUCUUCAGCAACGAGGACCUGGCGCUGCGCAUGGCCGACGAGAUGCGCCUGCUGGAGAUUCUCAUCAAGUGUGCCCUUAACCAGGUCAUGAAGACAGCCAUGACGUGCCCCAUGACAGGUCAAAGAGGCAAGAGCCGGAACCGACACCAGGUGGUCAACUGCGACAACAGGAUCCUGAAGGGACAAUGUUACUGGCCAAUCAUCAGCGAUCUGACCAACAUCAUAUCGCAUCGGUCAGUCGCAGAGCGGUUCUUUGGUAGUCCAGAUCUUAUGGCUCUGUGGGCUCGUUUUCUAAGAUACUUCAUGUGUAUGAAUCUGAAUAUCAGAGAGCUAAGCCAGCAUGUUGAGUUCGAGUCCAACACAUACUCCACUGCUUUCUCUGCGGAAAUCGAGGCCUGUGCUGCCCCCAUGUGGCAGAUGACUGUCCAUUGCAAAGAUCUUAAAGCCUCAAGCUACACCAUGGGUAUGCUGUUAGCUUGUCUGAAGGAGCUUUGUCAUUGGUUGGCCGAUUGCAGACUACUGAGGGAGCUACACCCCCUCCAGGUGUCCUUCCACCUGCCUCUCCUCCGAUACUUCUCAAACUUCCUCAGCCAGGCCAUCAAUCUGCAAGGCCUGGACUUUGAGAAGAUCAAACUGGACAAGGGGCUCCUGACAAGACUCAUGGUCUUCCCACUACAGAUACAGGCCAAGCUGAGUGAGAUCUUUUGUGGUAUGUGGGUGCGCAAUGGUGUUCAGAUGAAGUGUCAAGCGAUGACCUAUCUGCAGUGUCACUUUUGUGCUUCCAUGGGUGAUCUAGAUCUAUACUUUCUUCAGGUGUGUGCUUCUCUCUUAGAAUCAGACUAUGUAGUGGAGACCAUUUUCAAGAGAUUUCAUGUGCUUGAAUGGCUAGUGGUGGACCCUAACAAACCAGCCGGUCUGCUGGAUCCAGAGAGAGUCAUGCCGAUGUUAGAGGGCGCCCUUCAACACAUCGCAAUGCUCGUCAGCAUCAGGACGCAUCUAGGAAUGUCAGAGAUCGAGCUGAUGCGGGAUGAGAUCGUCACUCUACUUUGUAUGCAGGACAGAACACAUAGUCAUCUACAAGAUAAAAUAUCCUUUUCUUAUAUAAAUCACAUUCCAGAGAAAACCGGCCUAAUCAACUCGAAUGGCAGGUUUGAUGAUAUACUGAAUGAGGUUGCAGACUACAGGGAUCCACAGACGGAGGUAGAUGGAGUACAGCAGGGCCAGUACUCCCCCAAGCCAUCCGUCUGGCAGACAGAGUUUGAUCCCCUGAGGACGAUGCUCAGGUCCAUGCAGCGCAAAGACUUCCAGAGCUCCCUGGAUAGAUACACUGAUCAAUUGAAGCAAUCUGGUCGGUAUAAGGGUAGCACCCACCCCUGGCCCCCUUACCAGCCCCUCAAACCAAUCAAACCAAUCUACCAGGGGGUCAGAAGACUUCUCCACUCCAGAUCCAUGCAUGCUGCUAUCUUCAACAUCCUCCAUAAAGCAAUCCAAGACAAGAAUAUAAGUGACUCUGUUCUCUGCCUGUGUGUGGCGCUGCUCAACCUUGGACUGCAGUGUUCAGCAGAUUUUCAGGUUUCUGAUUCAACGCCCCCUGAGAGACUGCGCACCCCCAUAGGAUCCGAUCUCUCCUCUUGGUAUGAUUCAUCAUUCCUCGUCACCAAUAUGACAAGGACCAUCGACAGUCUCACGAUCGGCUCCGGAGACCAGCAGGAACAGAGUUCCAGCAAGGAUCCUGCUAGUGACCUAGUCUUUGAUGCAGACACCAUGCUGCAGCAGAUGUUGAACCAGGAGCUCUCCUCUGUCCUGGAGACCUGGGAUCAGUCCAACGCAGCAGCGGUCAGUGCGGUCACCCAAGCUGGUCAAGAUGUGGAGAUGGCCGAGGAUGAUACAGCAGACGAGGAGGAGGAGAUUGAGGAAGAAGAAGAAGAAGACGAGGAGGAGGAGGAGGUGAUGGUCGCACAUCAUUAUUUUGAAGAAGAUAUGAGUGAUGAUGAUGAGGAGGAGGAGGGGCUUGGAGCAGCUGCAGGGGGCGUUGGUCUCCCAGACAACGAGGUCCUACAUGAAGGAAGUCAGAGCGUACAAAGUGCAAUAGAGUCAGUCAUGGAGGAGGUCAUCGAGCAUAGCAUGGUGCAUCCUGUCGAUGAUGACGACGAUGAUGAUGUCGGUGGGAAAAAUGUCCCAGGAACGAGUAAGGGCAAGGCCAGUAAACAGCCGAUAACCUGGCCGUCCACCGAGGAGUCUUACAGCAUACCGGUAGGUGAGAGUCUGAUCUCACUACUCAUUAAGCUGCAUAGCAAGCAGACAGGGAGAGAGGGGUCGUACAUACCCAUCAGCAAGAGAACACCUGGGAUGGAACAAAAGGACUGUUUUGGCAGUGGACCCUACUACAUCCAGGCUCUUCUGGACCGGUUCUGUUCCAUGAACGAGGCUCAGAGCCUGGCUGUGGAGGCUUCGUGUUACAAGCAGGACAAGGAACAGGCCCAGAGCAGUUCCAAGUCUCCUGUAGACUCGGCUGCAGAGAGGAGAAAAAAGGCUCAGGAAGCUCAGAAAAAACUUGUUGCAAAUUUUGCAUCCCAGCAAAAGAGGUUUUUGGAGAAGACCCUCGAAAAACAAGAUGAUGAUGAGAGCAUGGAUCAGCAUGAUCCUGGCAAGAGUGCAGCUGAAGCUACUACCUCAGAGAUAGAAUAUGAGUGUGUGAUAUGUGGACAAACAAGCCCUUCAACAGCAACUAAACCAAUCGGACAAGUGGUACUCAUGCAAGCAACUAAUGUACUAGGCCAUAGAUGCCUCAAUGAUCAGAGGAUCCCGCUACCUGUAGGAGAGGACACCUCUCUGACUAGCAUGGGGAGAUGCUGGAGAGAGGAGAUGCAGAGGCUUUCGACGCUCCUUGACAGCUUUGGAAAGGAGAGAUCAUGGGAAGCAGCUGGUACUGGCUGGGAGGGCGGGGUCCACAUCCAGACGUGUGGGCACUCACUUCAUCUAGACUGUCACCAAGCAUACCUCACAUCACUCAGGGGUCAUAACUACCAAGCGCACGAUCUGGACGUACGAAGGCGAGGAGAGUUCCAGUGCCCUUUAUGUCGGCAGCUGGCCAACUCUGUCCUGCCGUUCAUCCCUAUCAGACCCUCCAAGGUCACUUCGCUGGAGCGGAAGAAGACGUCCCUGAACCGAGUCACCCAUAUUCUGAGUGGAAAAACACCCCGGUCAGAUCCAAUGUUUUCUGUUGAGAUGAGUCCAGAGCAGAGUGGUGCUAUCCAGACGUUCAUCAAUGAUGUUUGGAGAGAGAAUGAAUGUGACGACCUGGAGGAUAUGAAGGCAAGCCCUGAUGGACUCUACCCAAGAAUCUGCUCAAUAGCAAGAAUCAACCUAGAAUUGGAGAUAGUGUCUGCAGGGGGCAAUCUGCUCAACCACGCUAACACAGCACAGAAACGCAGCUGCAUCAAACCAUUGCUACGGAUACUAGACAUACAUGCAAGGCAGCUCACGAGAGGGGCACACGUCGCUAAGAUGUGGACUAAGCUGGUCACUGGAGCAUAUGCAAAUGUUAGAAUGGCUGCAGCUGACACUGGAGUUCCAGUACUGGUCUGUGACCCAGUGGCCUUAUUUCUUCUCUUUGUCUUCAGUAUACCACAACCUGUAGAGAAAGCAUUGUUCCAGUGCAUUGUGAGUACUGUAUACCAUCUGGUCUACGUCCAGGCCUUAGCCUCCCUGAGCUGCAGGCUACCAGAGUCGGAGAGGAGAGCCUGGCAGAGUAGCGGCAGACCACUCAAGUCUGAGAAGAAAGAGAAAGACAUCGGGAUGGCUUGGCUGUUAAGUGAUGUCAUCUCGCAGCUCAGUCAAACCAAUCUCUACCAACAUGCAGACUUUGUCACCAGCACUUCCUUUCAGCUGUACCAAGCUGUGUGGUCACCCCAGACCGUUGAGGCUGCCCUGGUGCACCAGUGCCUCCCAUGGUUGAGGAUCGUUGCUUUGGUCCAACACUACCUGUUUGAAGAAGACCUGCCAAAAUGCGAGUAUCCCGAGGAUGAAUUCCGUACUCUGGCCGCAUUCCUGUGCCUUACGGACCCUGACCAGGCCCAGAGUUCAUCUGGUCUGGUGUCUGCCCAAUGCUUCAAGCCCCCGGCUAGACGAGAACCAACCUCCAUCGUAGCGGCCCUCUGCAAUCCCUUCUGUGAGUUUGUGAAGAGGUCACACUCAGCGUCCAAGGAUCUUCUGAUGGCCAGUCCCACGUACUGCCUUCCUCGUCUGCUCCAACUGCCUCCCGACUACAACUCCCUGUUCCAGCGGUACAACCAGCAAGUGUGCUUGAUGUGCAAGAAGAAACCUGACAAGCCGCUGGUCUGCCUGAUCUGCGGGAAGCUGGUCUGCUGGGGAGCCAACUGCUGCAAGGGGCAGGUGAAAGGCAGGGAUGUCGGAGAAGGCAUCACGCAUGCCAACUACUGUGGUAAAGGAACCGCUGUCUACUUGGACAUCAACUCCUCCUCGAUGCUGCUCAUCAGAGGGGAGCGCAAAUGCACCUGGGUUUCUCUCUACCUGGACAGUCAUGGAGAAGAAGAUAUAGAUCUCAAGAGAGGCAAGCCGCUCUUCUUGUGCGAGCAGAGACAUACCCUUCUGGAGAAGCUGUGGAGGAGCCACGCCCUGGACCACAACUGCAAAAAGUGGGAGUGGCACCAUGGUGGUCUGGACAGGAGGAGGGGAUUCCCCCUUAGUUUCCUCAACUAGACAAAUGGAGAAGAGGAGUAUUUCCCUCCUCGGGUGAAGUAGGAGGAGGGGAUUCCCCUUGCAAAAAGUGGGAGUGGCAACCAUGGUGGCCUAGACAGGAGGAGGGGAUUCCCCCUUAGUUUCCUCAACUAGACAAAUGGAGGAGAGGGGCAUUGCCCUCCACGGGUGAAGUCUUCACUGAAGAAUUGUUUGGAGGCUGUUCACACUUGGGGAGAUUGACAGAAUCUCAUGGAUUGAACCGCUGUCGCACGGUAUGGUGCUGGCUUGGUGGCAGCGUAGACGUGAUUAGGGGUUCCCCCCCCCCCCCCCCUUGGCUUCCUUAAGAAGAUGUAUGGUAGAGUGGACAUUUCUAAAAAAAUUGGGGAAUCAUUGGAGACACAUCAUCAGGGUAGAUGGAUAGAAACUGAUAGAUUGAAGCCCUGUACUGAAAGGAGUGAGCAUGGCAUGGGGAUUGCUUGAAGGAGUUACCCCCUAGGACUCUUGUUGAACACGAUAGAUGGAAGUCUUCAUUUUGGGAAUUGUUUGGAGACUGUUUGUAUCGUGAGGAAAUGAUGAAAGAAUGAAAUUGACCUUGAUGAUCAGGAGACGAAGUGACAUUAUGUUUAGAGAAGGGGUUUCCCCAUUUUAUAUUCCUCUAUAUUAUAUAUAAAUGCCAGGAAGAGGUAGGAGACAAUGUCCUUACAGGUCUAGAAAAUAUCUUCGUCUUGAAAGUGGUGACUUUUCAAACAGUUGAAUUGUUCAGUAAACGAAAGGGGACUGGAGCUGAGUAGAACUGCAAGAGACGCACCAUGCACCAUGCCAACAUAGCCAGGAUAAGAGGUUUCCUUCUUCAGUUCAUGAACUGGAUGUAUUAAGAAAGAGUAAGGAAGAGGGGACCGUUCGUUAUGGUCUUUGAAGCGAUGUCUGUGAAGUCUGUAGUUGGCUAUUCAAGAUGGAGAGGUUUUUAUCUCUUUGUCUGCUUCCGUCAACUAAUGUAACAAACAGUGGAGUGCCACGAUCAACUUUUGUCACAUGUACAAAGUGUAUACAUACAUGUAAUUCAAAUAGUGGGCAGUCUCAGCUUGUCAUCGUAGUCAGGAGUUCAAGCUGACCGUGUACUCUUUCAUGUGGCAGCAUGGUUUUUGUUGGUUACGGAGGAACGGCCAUCCCUCCUUCAACAUCGGAAAUUAUAUUUUUUCCUCCUUUUUGAGUCUAGAGACUACGCAGCAUGAUGAAUGAAUUAUAUAGAGAAUAGAGUAUUUAAAUAUAGUUAUGUUAUCUUUUGUUGACUACUAGUUUGAGACUAGAUGACUCCUGUUAAUCUUUCCCCAACCAUGAACGAUGAAAGAUAGCAUUAAGAUUUUGAAGACUGGAAUAGAACUAAAUUUUAAGACACAGAAAAGAUAAGCAAAAGUUCAAAGAGUUUAACUAUUUUUUUCAUACUGGAAGAGAUAAUAAGAAGAUAAAAUCAGUUAUUAUCAAUGUGUUGAAUGGACUUAACACUUUCUUUUUCAUUACCUUUUUUGUUUUAAAUUUAUACAUCACACAUGUAGUUUUGUAAAAUGAAAAAGACUUCAUGUACAAUCAAGCCUGAGGAAUACCUAAUAGAAUUAGCAUUCUGACAUGAGGUUCUCCACGUCUGCUGGUUAAAACAUGGUUGGAUGUGGGACUUUUAUAGUAAUUAUACUACACUGUACCUAUCUAUUUGCCAAUGUUGAUUUUCAUGUGGAAAUUCAUCCCUUGGAGAAUCAAAUGUAUUGAUAAUUUAUUACCUGAGAUAUAUUUUGAUAAUUGUUAUUUACUAGAGAGACAUAUAUCCCCGAUUGUUUAUUUUAUGUGAAAAAGAAUCCCCUACAUCUACAUCUAUGCAUAUAAUGUAUCAAUAUAGAUAAUAUAUCAACGAGACUAAGCGGACGUUAUGAUUAUUAUUGUUUAAACUUAUUUGUGGCUUACACCCAGUAAACAAAGCCACAAAUAUGUUUAAACAAUUUAAAUUUCUCCCAGGAAGCAUUACAUUUAUAACAAAAUUAUUAUUAUUGUUAUUCAUUGGAGGUACUUGUGAUUUUUACGUGGAAAAAGAAUCCUCUAGAAUAUACAAUUAUACACAGUUUAUCACCUAAACACAAUUAUGGUAGAAGUACAUACUACAUUAUAGAUACUACAAAUUGCAAGUGUUGAGCUUCAUGUGGAAAAGAAACCCAUUCAAUAUACAUUUACAUGUACGUGGAUAGUAGAUUCUUUGACAGAUUGAUCUUGAAUUUUGCCAUAUCUGUCAAUUUUAUGUUAUCAUUUUUGUUUAAAAUAUAUAAAUACAUGUACACUUCUAUUGAGGUUAGUAAAAGGGAAAUAUUUUAUUUCAUCUUUUGACUUUGUAUACAAUCAUAUAAAUGUUGACAAGGCAUGUUGUUGACGGAACUAACGCAGUAAGCAAGUAAAGGGUUGUUGUCUUUCUGGGUAAGUAUGAUGUCAAGUCUUAAACACUUAUUGUUUUGGAGAGCACCUCUUCCCAGGAUCUCAAAAAUAAUUUUAAUAUACAGGUACAUAUGAUGUACAAAUAGUAGCAAAGAUGCUUCCUUUGUAGCUGAUCAGGGCUACAUAGUCUAUACCCCGAUCACUGAAAUCAGUAAUGAUUGUGCCAGAGCCAUCUAUACACAGAGUUGGGCCAACUUGGUUUCACUGGGUGACGACAUGGCGUGCACUCAUCAGAACCAUCUAUACACAGAGUUUGGCCAACUUGGUUUCACUGGGUGACGACAUGGCGUGCACUCAUCAGAACCAUCUAUACACAGAGUUUGGCCAACUUGGUUUCUCUGGGUCACGACAUUCGUAUAUUCUUCUGUUUUGUGCUUGCCCAACAAAGCAGUAGUCGCCAUAUCGUGUCCAACUUGAACAGGGUUGACCAAACUCUGUGUAUAGAUGGGUCUGGAUUGUGCCCUCUGUAGUCCACUGAAGAGCAGUCCCCCGUUUAAAGGGGUACACAUUUAACACCUGGGUCAGGAGCUGAGAAGCAAUGUAUGUUAAAUGUCUUGCUUGAGAAAAACACGUGCAAUGUUGGGAAUCAAACCCCACAACUUCUCUCUUUAGCUAUGUUAUCAAAAAUAAUCCUUUUUAUUUCAAAAUAUCUCCUCAAAUGUUCAUCAAUGAUAUGGGAUAAGAGUCGCAAUUGAGUUUUUAGGUUAGGUGUAAAGGUUAGGGUCAGGGUUUGAUCCAUGGUUGAUGUGGCAAUCGUCACUGGAACACAAAUUGAAUAACCUACAUUUGACCUGGUAUUUUUUCCCCUCAGAAAGUAGCAUAUUAAUUCAUAUAGAUGGAGAAGCAAGCCUUAUAUGCACCAUCAUACAUAGUUAUUUUUUGCUUGACUUAUAUGCAACUCAACUGGAUUGUCAUGUGUCAUGCGUGUGUGCGUUUGUAUGGGAAGACGAUUGUAUAAAUGCAUUUGUGAAUAGUUAUCUACAUCACAAUUCACCUAUAAUUAAUAAUGGAAUGUUAAUUUAUUUGAUGUGCGACAAGAAAUCCCUUGUCAUCUGUUUUUUUUUUCUUUCUCCUCCUCUUUUUUUCCAUUUCGGAUCAUUUGUUGUAAGAACACCACUUUCUUACAAAAUUUUCUUGUAGAAAUGUAGAAAAUAAAGAUUCUUUCCUUUGUUGAAAAUAUGUAUUUAAAAAUUGCAGGGAAAUACAGAAAAAGAUGAAUGAAAAGAGGAAGUAUGAUAUUCACAUUUAAAAAAAAAAAAAUUCGCUGUAAAAUGUAAUGGCCCGAUUUUGUAUUUCUUUUCUUUUUGUUGAUUUUUUAUAUUCUGUAAUCAAUUCUGUAAGAAAUUGUACAAGGCAGGAUUUUUUUUAAAGAAUUGCUUUCAAGUUCUAUCUUGUUUUUCUUUACACUAUGUCAAGUUUUGGAAAGUUCUUUGUGUUAUUAGAAGAAAAAGAAACAAAAGUUUACAAAUGGCAAUAUGUACUUUAUAGAGAGAGAGGUCAGUUCACAUAUACUGUAGAGUGGCAUUAAUAUGACAUGUUCAAGAAAUAAAAAAAAGUGAUAAAGACACGUCAA